AUGGAUGAAACCACGCUAUUAAACCACUAUAAGAUCCUCUCGUUGUAUCCCUCCGAGUACCCCGUCGAAAAGGACAACGAGGACAACGAGGACUCCGACGGCGACGACAUACAUGAACCACCCUCGCGGGUCACCUCGAAAUCCAUAGCCCAGGUCCCGGUGCAGCGCUCGAGAUCACGGUAUUCCAUCCUCGAACGCCCGAAUGGCCGAAGGAGCAUCGCCGGGUUUGAGAAGACCAAGGAAGGGGCGGAUAAUUUGGUGCAGAAGGAUGAACCGGAUCCGCUAGGGAGCAGCAUGAGCGUGGUGAACGUUUUACGGUCGACAGGACUACCGGUGGAGCAGGAUAUGAAGUUAAGGAACAAGUUCCUCCUUUCGUCAACCACCUUCAAUCCCUCCCUAUUCCUCUCCCACAUCCACAACAAUGACUCCACCCAAGACCUCAUGCAAGGUCUCGAGUUCCUCUCCCACUCCAUCGAGAAGAAGUCCGCCUCCCUGAAAGUUCUGGUCGAGUCCAACUUCGAGCGCUUCGUCCGCGCCAAAGCCACCAUCGACACCGUCUACAACGAGAUGCGCGGGAAAAACACCGAGACAUCGCCGGACCCUUCCCAUAAACGCAAGCACUCCCGGAAUCUAAGUAGAAAUAGUAUCGGCGGUCAUUUCCGGAAUAGCAGCGGGGCAUUCAGCCCUCGGCUCGGAGUCGACAACGGGCGGUCCACCACGCCGGAAAAGCGGAAGAACGCCCUUCUAAAAGAGAACGAUUACGGCGUCGCUCCAAUCAAAGCCCCGAUCCUCGAAGUCGCGGUGCGCGCCGAGGAGGUAUGGGGCCCGGCGCUGGGCAGCCGCGAUAAAGAGGAGACGCUCCGGGCGAUCCUGGGGGCGGUAGAGAAACACCGCGCGAUCUUCGAGCUGAGCGUGUCGAUCGCGGACUCGAUCAAACGGCGCGACAACGAUAGCAUCGUGGAGGAGUAUGCGCGGGCGCGGAAGUACGCGGACGAUGCGCGGGCGAUGGUGGAGGGGGCGUUGGAGAGCGGGGUGCAGAUGCAGGAUCGGGAGAUCGAACAGGUCAUCGUCACCGCGCGGAUGUGGAACGAUGUGGAAAGCCAGGUGGCGAAGUUCAAGCAGGGGGUGUGGAAUCGGUUGGCGGGGACGCAUUUCACGAGGCCCGGGACGGCGGUGGAGGAGAAUGAGCCGGAGGAGCAUAUGGAACUGAUUAGCAUCCUGCUGGAGCUGGGGGUGGACGAUAACCCCAUUUGGAUAUGGUUGCUGAGUCGGUAUGAUUUCUUGAAGAAUAAGAUCAUCGCGACGGCCGAGCGGUCGAAAAUCGAGGUUGAAAUUCUCCGACGAAGGCUUGCGAGUGGGGAGAGGCCGAGUAUGAAGAUGAUCGCGACGCAUUUACGGUCGGCAGGAAGUCAUGGGAAACCCUCGAAUUUAGCGACGUUCGACUCGACGAAAGUGCUGGAGUUCUGGGAACAUUUAUACACCACCAUGAACGCCAUGUUGUCCGCGCAAGGCGGCAUCUUGGGCGAAGUCAUCGAAUAUUGGGCGACGGCCGAAUCCUUCAUCAACGGCAAAGCCCAACAAUCCCUCCCCCCCGGCAUCGACGGCCACGGCAUCCGCCACCACCGCCUCUCCACCGCCGGCGUCGACAGCCUCCGCACCGGCGCCCGCGAACUCAUCUCCCUCAUCCGCGACAGCAUACACGCCAUCUUCUCCGAUCCCCCCACGGAAGACAUCUCCCUCCUCCUCUCCCCCAUCCCCAACAGCCCUGGCACCCCACGGACCCCUGCGUCCGCUACCCUCCCCCCCUUCAGCGACACCCGCUUCCAAUUCGACCCGCAGCACCUCCCGCCCCCGUCCCCCCUCCGCGGCGACCCCUGGGAGUCCUACUCCUUCUGGCCCCCCUUCGCCAAUUCCCUCAGCGCCGCCCACUACCUCGGCCGCCUCCUCAACCUCCUCGGCACUGCCGCCAGCGAAAUGGCCUCCCUCAGCAUCAUGCGCGACGGCACCGGCGCACGGCCGACCGAGUCGCUGAAGGCGCUGAUCAACGUCGCGCGGGAGCGGUGCGUGGCCGCGGUGUGCGCGGCGUGGGUGGCGGACGCAGAGAACGCGCGGGUACUGGAAGAUUGGACGCGCAGCGCGGACGCGAAGGAGCUGACGAACCUGCCAACGCGGCUGAUGGCGUUCGAAGGGACAGUGCUGGGGAGCAUGCAGCGGAUGCUGUACGUGAGCGAGGCGAUGAAUCGGCAGGGGUCGAGCGAGGUGGUGGUGCCGCCGAGCGCGAAGUUGCUGCAGCAGGUGCGGCAGCAGUUCGUGGGGAGCUUGUAUAAGGCGCUCAGUGGGAUUGUGGAGAAUGCGAAGAGGCCGCGGAAGGCGGAGAGGGAGAUGUGGGAGGUGGAUCCGGAUAGUUUGUUGGCACCGGCGAAUAAGGCGGGGAGAGUAGAAUCAGGAAGCGUGGUGGAUUCCUCGAACGCGAACACCCGCAUCCUCCUCACCCUCAGCAACCUCAACGCCAUCCGCCACGACAUCGUUCCCCACCUCAUCACCCAAUUUGAAACCGACUUCUCCGUCCAACUCGCUUCCGAAACCUCCACCAUCGCCGACCUUCUUUCCCAAAUCGACGCCCAACUCUUCCACAGCUACGUCGACCCCCUCGCCGCCUCCCACCGCGCCCUCCUCUUCGCCGCCAUCCCUUCCCCCGACUGGGCCCCGACGCAAAAACCCACCGCCACCUCCUCCUACGUCUCCGACGUCCUCCUCUCCCUCGUCCUCACGCACACCGAGGUCGCCAGCGCCGCGUCCCCGCUCCUUCCACGCAUCCUGCAGCACCUCCUCGAGCAGCUAUUCGAGGCGAUGAUCGGGGCACUGGGGGAAAGGAAGCGGUAUCCGCUGCCGGCGCUGAUGCAGGCGACUAUCGACUGCGAGUUCACGGCGCAGACGCUGAUGGCGUACACGACGAACAAGGUGACGGAGUUGCAGGGGGCGAUUUAUCCGAUGCUGGACGGGAAGACGGAUCAUGAGGCGCGGUUUCAGUUGAAGAAUGAGUUGCCGGAGAUGAAGAUGACGUUGAAGCGGUUGAAGGAGAGUACCCAGGGAGAAUUGUGA